GUGGUUCCGGGUCUCGCUUGGUUCUCGGAGCUGUUCGUAGAGAGACUGAGGUUCGGAGCCUGAGCAAACCCACAGGAAACCUGUUUCCCUUCCUUGGACCCGCUGUUAAAGUCUGGCCUCGGGUCACUGGCAGUUUCUUUGAAACCCUUGCAGACUCAGGCGUGGUCGAGUUCGCGCCGCUGCGGCUUCGUUGGCGCCGGGAUUCGAACACCGGCCGAAGUCAGCUCUGAGCCGUGUGAGGCUUUGUGGAGCCGAAAUGACUCACUCUUUGGUUUGUCCAGAGACAGUGAGCAGGGUGAGUUCAGUGCUGAAUCGCAACACCCGGCAGUUUGGAAAGAAGCAUCUGUUCGACCAGAAUGAGGAGACAUGCUGGAACUCGGACCAGGGCCCCUCCCAGUGGGUGAUACUAGAGUUUCCUCAGCGCAUCCGUGUCUCCCAGCUGCAGAUCCAGUUUCAGGGGGGCUUCUCCAGUCGCCGGGGCCACCUGGAAGGUUCCCAGGGGAGUGAGGCUCUUUGCAAGAUUGUGGACUUCUACCCUGAGGACAACAACUCCCUUCAGACCUUCCCUGUGCCUGCUGCCGAGGUGGACCAGCUGAAGAUGACACUUGAGAACGCCACUGACUUUUUUGGCCGAGUAGUCAUCUACCACCUGCGAGUGCUGGGGGAGAGGGUGUGAGGCCACUGGGUAGCCGACUCCUCCAGGAGA